AUGGGGGUCGCCCUCGCAGGGCGGGCUGGAAAAAGAAAAGAAAACAGCAAAAUUAUAGAGGGUGGAACAACUGAAAAUAGCCGUUUCAAGCUCAUUUCCUCGUUUGAUUCGACGAAUUGGACAUCGGCCUUCGUCUGUAUCUUGCUGUUCUCCCUUGGCCACUAUGUUAUUCUCUCGAUGAUCAGACCUAAGGAUUUUCUCCACGGUGUGACUGGAAGAACCCGAGGAAAAAGGGGGCGAAAGCAAACAAAGGGCAACGUCAACAAACAACCAACGGCUCCGAAGCGCAAAAAAACGGCCCCGUCCCUAGCAAAGAAGGGCUGUGAUGGCCCCCGAAAAAUUGACUGGCACGGUAUCCAAAAGGGGUACCCACAAGCCGCGCGCACCCCACGGACGCUCCGUAUAUACGGAAGGUCCCCAACCAUGGCCCGGCAGCACUCCGCAAUACACGCCUCGAACGCCGAUGUGGCCUCUCUCCUUGGCCCGUUGCCUUCAAACACUUUUGAAUUCCCGAGACCUUACCUUUGA